UCUGGAGGCAAGAAGGCUCUUCGAAAGAAAAUAACGAGCCCGUUCUCCAUUCUAUUAAGUGCAAUUCUACUCGCAAAUUUCCGCAAAAGCGUGCAUAAUUCCGUUGAUAAUUGUGCUGAGGAAUUUUGCAAACCGAGGCGACUUUAUUCAAGCGAGACGGAGGCUUCGAUAAAAUCCUCUCGAGAUUCGCUCCGUCAGGUGCCACCGCACCGAUCGGGCCAACAAGUCCGAUAGAGAGGUGUGUCAGUCAGUCAGUCUCUCGGAUGGUAAUAAAGGAGUCGUGCUCGUUGGACCAGAUAACAGGAUUAUCGCAAUAAACCCUUGAUGUACUCGUGAUUUGCCAGUCUGUGAUCAACGCGGUAUCAAUUACUGAAGCAGCAAAAUAUAUUUCGUCCUACCAGCCUGGAGGUUCCACAAAACACAACAUAACGAUGGCAGCUUGUCGAUUUCAGACGGAGCAAUGGGCGAAACAAAACGCGUUUCAAAGCCCAUGAAAAAAUCUGCCCGCCGCACGCAACAAAACGAAGAAGUUGCCGAAAUACAUCACGCGCCCGACCUGAUACUCGGAGACAGCAACGAGGAGGACGAGGACUACCAUUAUUGUCGUGUCGGUGACGAGGAAGGAGGUUUGAGGUCCGUGUCACAGACGUCGCACCAUCAUGGGCCCCACGGGGUCGACGCGCACCACCGCGAGUUGCUCGAGCUAGAGUACGAGGAGGAGAUCCUUGAGCUGUCCGGCUACCACCACAGGCCACCCUCCUUGGUCGGGCAUGUUAACAGCGCGUACACAGGCGGCUUCCUUCCCUUCGGUGAUAGCGCGUCGUCAGUUGCCACUGCCUCUCCGCCCCCGCUACUGCCCCACCUGCCCCCAACCGCGUCGUCAGCCGCGUCCACCCUCGUGUCGGGCCACCAGUUCAGCGAGACCACGUACUAUAAGCUGACUGCUGGCACGCCCCAGUCGACCACCUCGCGCGGCUCCCGAGGCUCCCGCGGCAGCAAUUCCUCCGCGCGCCGCAAAGCCAGUGAUGCGACGAAGGAAGAAAUUCAAGACGACGACGAAGAAGCCAGCUUGAGGGAGUUACUAAUGAGUGGAGGCAGAAUGGAGUACGGUCUUCAACAGCAAGUCACCGUGAUGAGCAUGAACCUGAGCAGCAAGCUGGAUGAGCUGCAGAGCGACCGUCACUUCGAGACGACGGUGGCGCUCUCAGAGAUCCGCACGCAGCUGCAGGAGCUCACAAAAUCCGUGGAUUCGUGCCACACCGAAAUCGGACUGGUCAAAACGGACAUGGUCGCCAUCAAACACGAACUCGACGCAGUGCAGCAAGUCAAGGAGGAAAUAGAGGAGUUGAGAGAGUACGUCGACCGACUCGAGGAGCAGAGCCACAGACGCAAGGCGCUGCUUCUUAGACAGGGCCUCACGAUGUUCCUUUCAUACGCCAUUUUCGCAGCGGUGCUCGGCAUGCUGCAAUUUGGCUACAACACAGGCGUCAUCAAUGCUCCAGAACUGAAUAUAGAGAACUUCAUGAAGGAUGUGUACAAAGACCGCUUUGGCGAGGACAUCCCCGAGGAGAAGGUGAAAAUCCUGUACUCAAUAGCAGUGUCAAUAUUCGCCAUCGGCGGCAUGGUUGGUGGUUUCAGCGGCGGGACCAUCGCCAACAGAUUUGGCAGGAAGGGUGGUCUUCUGCUAAACAACUUCCUAGGAAUAGGAGGAGCGUGCCUCAUGGGAGUUACUAAAAUGGCUCAUUCUUAUGAAAUUUUAUUUCUUGGACGCUUUAUUAUCGGUGUGAAUUGUGGUCUGAACACUUCGCUAGUGCCGAUGUACAUUUCCGAGAUCGCGCCGCUGAAUCUGCGGGGCGGGCUGGGCACGGUGAACCAGUUGGCGGUCACCGUGGGACUGCUCAUCUCGCAAGUGCUCGGCGUCGAGCAAAUUCUUGGCACCAACGACGGCUGGCCCGUCCUCCUUGGUUUGGCCAUUUUCCCCGCAAUCCUGCAGCUUAUCCUACUGCCCGUGUGUCCAGAGUCACCGAGGUACCUUCUUAUUACAAAGCAAUGGGAAGAGGAGGCUAGAAGAGCCCUGCGACGGUUACGUGCCUCAAAUCAAGUAGAAGAGGAUAUCGAAGAGAUGAGAGCUGAGGAGCGCGCUCAACAGACUGAAUCUGCCAUCUCCAUGUCCGAGUUGAUUUGCUCCCCGACGCUGCGUUCGCCACUGGUCAUCGGGGUGGUCAUGCAGCUGUCGCAACAACUCUCAGGCAUCAAUGCUGUGUUCUAUUAUUCAACUGGGCUGUUCAUAAGUUCGGGUCUGUCGGACGAGAGUGCCAAGUUCGCCACGAUAGGAAUAGGCUGUAUCAUGGUGUGCAUGACGCUGGUCUCCAUCCCGCUGAUGGACCGAACCGGCAGACGCACCCUCCACCUCUACGGGCUGGGCGGAAUGUUCAUCAUGUCCAUUUUCAUCACCAUCUCCUUCCUUAUAAAGGAAUUCUUUGGUUAUGUACAGGAAAUGAUCGACUGGAUGUCGUACCUCUCGGUGGUCUCCAUCCUCGGCUUCGUUGUCUUCUUCGCCGUGGGUCCUGGUUCCAUUCCCUGGAUGAUCACGGCCGAGCUUUUCUCCCAGGGUCCAAGACCUGCAGCAAUGUCAAUAGCCGUGCUCGUCAACUGGAUGGCUAAUUUCCUCGUUGGAAUUCUCUUCCCCACCAUGAAGACGGCACUCGAAAACUACACCUUUUUGCCAUUCAGCGUGUUUCUUGCCAUAUUCUGGACCUUCACAUAUAAAAAGGUGCCUGAAACGAAGAACAAAACGUUCGAGGAGAUCUUGGCUCUGUUCAGACAAGGCAAUGGGAGGGGCGGUCUUCGGGAAAGUAGAUUGUACGGGAGCAUGCUUAACUGUGUAAAUGCGUUAGAGCAACGCAUGGUGCAGGCCGAACCCGGGGCCUCUAUUUUUGACGACAAGCCACUUCCUGAUUCAUCUGUCUACGAGCCCUCUUCUCGAGAGCUCGGCCAAAAUGCAGCACCCAGACCCCCAGUAGUCCCCCGAGCACCGUGCCCUUUGGGCGGGCAGGCUCCUCACCAAUCCUUCCACAUGCCGGGGGUCUGACAUUCGGCGCGACCUCCACCACCUAACCGCUUUCCUCUACCCUUACCACCCCACCAGCAGCAGUUUCGACGCGCGUCGUGCAACUCGUGCUCGUCGUCCACCUCCAACUCGACCGCCAACUACGUCUCUGUCCUGCCCCUGCUUUUCCUUUCGCCCCCGAGCCUCGAGACUCAGCUGCGCCAGCUGAUCGCCAGCAGGAGCAAGGCCUGCGCCAAGUACCUGAGGAACAGCGUCAGACGUCGUCCUGCUCCCCCAUCCACCUUCCACCCUUCGCCCUUUCGCCAGUCUUCUUCUGCCACACUUGAUUUCGCUCAUCCCUCAACGUCGGCCGGCAGUCAUAUUUUGGCCAUCGUCACAAUUUGAACAUUUGAAGCAUAAAAAAAAAAUCGAAAAUUUUCGGGCCAAUCUAUGACUCCGGGUGAAAGAUACAUGGAUAUUUAAAUUAUUUUUACAAAAGAAAAAGAUGAGAUUAAAUAUUAUAUAAAUCGCUAGCUAAAUCAAAACUCUAAAAUCCGCUCACUGAAGCCAUCCAUUUGCUUGUAUGUAAACGAGGAAACGACGAUUUGUAAAAGACACGUCUUCAAGGACAAUCUAAAAUGUAAAAACCUAAAAAAAAAAUUACACACAUACACAACUAGAGCGUUCCUUCUGAUAUGAUUUUUCAUAAUCUCCUCCCUCGCCAUUCAUUGUGCGUUUGAUUUAUUUUGUACUCUAGACAAACAAAAAUGAAAAAAUGAUUCAAAACACUCGCACAAAAACUCAAUACGUACCUAUUAUCAUUUGUUUUUUUAACUGUCGUUGUUUUUGACACACUCUGCUCUACAUCUCCUUGUCCUCUUUUUGUUUACGAAUUCUGUCAUUCUUACUCGGCAUGUUUCGUGUUGAAUUACAUGCAAGAGAAAGAGAGAGAUUAUAACAUUCUCGCAUUAUAUAUAUGUGAGUGGGUUUUUUCGUUCACACAAGAGACAGAUUCUUCACACACGUAUGAAAAAAAAUUAGUAGGAAAUUGAUUGGAGCGAGAGCGUAAAUUAGUCAUCUUUUAGUCUAAUUUACUGAGAUGUAUAAAUAUAAUAUUAUUCUAAUGAAAUCUCACUGCCAAAUAUUUGAAUACACGCCUCGUCGCGUCCGGCAAAAUUGGCGCUCUGCCGCCAGAGGAUGGAUGCGUCGUCGCGGAAAAAUGGUCAUACACAAGUCGCAGCGACGACAGCUGCGGCAAGCUCAAUUUUUAAAUUUAGAAGAAAAAAAAACACUACUGAUCAAGGCUUGAAAUCAAUUACCAAAAGAGUAAACACACACAAAAAAAACGCGAUAUGUUGCAAAAAUAAGUGAAGUGAAAAACAUACGCUGAAUCGUUAUAGUAUGUCUAGUUAUGACAAACAUGAGAAUCAAAAAUCCAUUUCGAAAAGAAAUUAAUGAAGAAGCGGAAAUUAUAAAAGAACCAUAUAUAAAUCUCUCUCUCUUUGAAAACGUUAUUGUAGUUGUUAUGAGAAAAGAAAAAUAAGAAAAGUUCAAAAAAAAAUUUAAAAAUACACACACAUGCUGUAUAUAUUGUUUGCAAAAGAUGAGAAGUUGUACUGGUAUGUUUGUUUAUUUGGCUUCGCAGUAGAACUCAGGGCAUCAAAGCCGAAGACGUGACCAGCCUGCCCGGUGAGGAGCCGCAGGUGGCGCCCGUUUACUGUGUCAGGGCCCGAUGGCGCUUUCCACGCAUUCCCGGCGGAGGGCCGUGCGGAUGAAACACCGACCGAUG